AGGCGCCGCCAAAAACGUGCCCACAGGUGGUUGUUGUUAGGGAACGGUCAAUUUUCUCAACCUAGAGGGGUUCGCCGUAGGUUUUAUUUCAUGUGUAGAUGGCAACACUGUUUAGUAUUUCAUGAAUAACUGUAGAUACUACAGUGGACGAGAAAAUGAUAUAGAAAUUGUUCAUUUGAUUUAAUAUUUUCUGUUUAGUUGCUUUUUUUCUUGACCCCUCCCCCAUCGUCGAAUAAACUGGGAGAGUCCAAGAUGGCGGCAGGCGGAAGUAAAAAGUUUCGAAACUCGACUCCGAAAAUCUUCUGAAGAUUUCUGGGGACAACCAUGAAGAAAAUAUCUCUACCAUUCCUGGUAUGGCACAGAUAGCAGACAUUGACCAGUCCUACAGCUGCUUGGACAACAAGAUGAGAAAAUAGCGGAAUAUUGACCCUGGACCACAGGAAGACAGAAUGAGCUGGACAGAUCGGUUUAACAACCCGGGCUACAAGAACUGGCUGCGGGUGGGGAUAGCCUUGCUGACCACCCGGGAUGGACUGACCAACGUCACUGAGCAAGCGGCGAAGGAGCUACAGGCAGAGCUCAAAACCAAGCUUGGAGACAGCGUACAAAACUGCACUUGCAACCCCAAAAGCAGAGGAUGCAAGGACUGUGACCCAUGGCGAGAUGAGUUGAAAAAGUACUACACCGGGGAUGCGAAUCGGAUUGGCUGGACCAACUGUACUCCCAACAAGUGGAGAAAGGAACCAUGGGAAGUGGCAAAGGUGUUCAUGCUGAAGGGUCAGCCGGCUGACAAUACAGGUCCUGAGAAGUCGGAUCCUUCUGCGCUGUUGAACUUCCUGGUAUUCUGCAACUAUUGUAGGAAAUACAUCAGCAAGGUUGAACCUUUGAAAAAUGUUAUAGAAGUCCGCAACAAAACUAUGCACUCCUUGGACCUGAGAUUGGACCGUCAGACAUUCAAUGAGUACAUGGACAAGAUGGAGAGACUGCUGAGGCUGGUCGGCGAUCCGACUGCACAGAAGGCAGCAAAGGAGAUCUUUAAGAUAAAGAAAGAGGAGUUCCACAUAGGUGCUGGCAAAGCCUGCAUGGAUGCUGAGGUCCGUGUGCUGACUGAUGUCAUGAAUGAGCACCAGAAGCUGCUUCAGCUGCACAGGGAAGAGUUGGAGGAUCAUGGGACUCGGCUGGACACUCUCGAGCACUGCACAGUUCCAAAGGAAGAGAUGCUGAAGACAGUGGAGGUCCUAUUGAAGGUUGUAAAGAACAACACCGACUUACAUCGUGCCCUAAAAGACCAGGCCUUGGAGCUGUCCGCCACAGUACAGCAGCUCCAGGACAGACUAGGGAAGGCAGAAAGGGACAUCACAGAGGUGAGAGGUGCGAUGGGUCAACUGGAAGAGGUGGUGGCUGAACAUGAGGAACAAAUUGAAGAGGUCAAGACUGACAACAAACGGCUUCAAGAAGAAGUCAGUGACGUAAAAAAACAAAAUAAAAAAAUCAAGCUUUCUGUUGAUGUAGUCAAACAGAAGCUGGAGGCACCAUCUGGGAGUACCCCUUCACUAGAAGUGUUCCAGAAGUCUGUGAAGAAGUACUAUCAGUUGAAACUGUCUCACUUCAAGCCUCUGAUCUGGAAUGACAACUUCACACUUACACUCAGUGAUAUCUUCACUCAGUUAGAGUUGGUACCAACGAGUGAAAAACAGCUCAAAACAUUUGAAAACUAUAACAGAUCAGAAUCAAUGGGGGGAGAACAAAGGAAAGAACUGAAGUCAUUAGAUGACUUGUUCAACCCAGAUAUCACAGGACUGUCCACAGCACCGAGGUGCAUUCUGAUUGAGGGUGAAGCCGGAGGGGGAAAGACAACGUUUCUGUCCAAAGAAGCCCUAGAUGCCGUCUCACAGAAAACAGAGCUGAGCAAACGAAACAAAAUCGUCCUGUUCAUCCGACUUCGGGAGGUGAGAAAGGGGGAGACCAUAGAGAAGAUGGUGUGGGACCAGUGUGUUGAUGAAACAACCAAAGGCAUUGAUGUACAAUCCAUCAAAACAAUCCUACAGAGGAACGAGUCCCGUGUGCUCUUCCUCCUAGACGGGUAUGAUGAGCUGCGGCCUGAGGCCAGGGCAGCCGGGCAGGCCAUUCCCAAACUGCUGUCUGGCAAGUUGUACCCCAACAGCACAAUUGUGAUCACCUCCCGACCCUCAGCAGGAGUGCAGCAGUACACCCGGCCAGACUGUCACAUACACAUCAUGGGCUUCUCUAAAGAACAUGUAGAGCAAUGCACACAGCAGUAUUUCACUUUUGUGAAGAAGCAGGAACUGGCAGAGACACUUGCUGAACAUGUUAAAACCAAUGAAAUUUUGAACAGUUUAAUCUAUACACCAAUUUUCCUGUUGUUUGUAUGUGUAUUGUGGGAGGAGGACCAAAAGAUGGUGUCUACUGGAACAAUGACAGGGCUGUACGACAACCUGCUAACAUGUCUGGUUAGAAAGCACUGUGAGCGGGAAAAGAAAAGAAAGAAAGAAAAGCGGAAACAAGAGGCCAUUUCGACAAAAGAGCUGCCUACAGAGGUUGCUGAGUCAUUACUGCAGCUUGGCAAAGUUGCGCUGAAGGCACUGCUGAGGAAUGAGACCCUGCUUGACCUUACAGAAGUAGAAAGAGAAAAUGUGAAUUUGGAGUUGCUGUUUAAGCUGGGUGUGGUCUCCUUGGAGGUGUCUUCCUCUAAAUUACAUCCUAGGAAGCAACUGAACUUUUCCCACAAGACCAUGCAAGAGUUCCUGGCUGGACGAUAUGUUGCUCAUGCUCUGUUGAACCAACAAGACAUUGUAGAGCUGCUGCAGCUCACCUCCAUAACCAAGGCACUGGAACUCAGUAACCUGCUUCAGUUCACAUGUGGCUGUGACUCACGGGCAGCACAAGCUGUGAUGGAGGAACUGAGCAAUCUUAGUAAGAAGGAGUUCUCAGAUUUACGACUAGCUAACUUUCAGAAGAAGUCCCACCUACCUGUAAAGGCAAAGAGUAAAAAAUCAGUUCAAACUUACAAGAGGUUCAUGUCGCUCUGCCUGGAUGUUCUGAAUGAAAGAAAAGAGCUGCACGUACUGCAGGCUGUCAGCAAAGCACUGCCAGUUAUCAUCAUGGACCUCCACAUGAAUGGCAUGUUUGGACUCAACAGUAAACAACAUGCUGCUCUGAAGUAUUACAUGGAAAACAUGCAGUCUUCACAUCUCCCUGAUAGAGUGAUUUUAGAACCAUUUCUUGUUAAUGUUUCAAAAUCUCUUCAGUACCUGGAGCAGCUUGUCACUUCCCCCAUUCCUGGCUUAAAGGUAGACUUAAGACUGAUGUAUGUAACAUUUGACUCACCGGUACCUGAUAAGACAGUUCAGCACCUACAGCAGUGUCUCCCUGGACUUAGAGUGGACUUGUAUGUAUCAGGACAGUGUAACUCACCUGAUGAGACAGCCAGGCUUGCUUCAUUUCUGAAGAAUGUUCCUGGUCUGAGGGCGCUGGAUCUGUCACGGACAAGACUAACACCAUCAUCACUCCAGCCACUUGUGCAGGGGUUCAGCCACAUGUCUCUGUUAGAGGAGCUGGAUCUUACUGGGAACCGUGGCCUUGGUGAUGCUGGGAUGGAAGUCCUGCAGGUUGGGCUGUCCAGUGUUCCACACCUGGCUGUACUCCGUCUUAGGGAUGUCACCAUGACAGCUGUGGGCAUGUCAUCCCUGGCUCCCUACAUGCGCCACCUAGUGGGACUGAGAGAACUGGAUAUAAGUUACAGUUAUAAGAUCGGUGACACUAGGCUGGAAUCUCUCACCACCGUCCUCCCCAUCUUCACAGCCAUGCAGGUGUUGGUCCUGCAGUGUAUCGGUAUCAGCCCCACAGGCAUGCGCACACUGGUCCCUGCACUGUGUCAGCUAACCAGACUGAUCAAACUGGACUUUAGUUGGAAUGACAUAGGAGACCCCGGGCUGGAAUGCCUGGCUGCUAUCCUCCCCCACCUCACAGCCAUGAAGGUGUUGGUUCUCAGUGUGACAGGUAUCAGUGACAGGGGAAUAUCAGCCCUGAUCAAAGCUCUGCCUCACCUGGUGCAAUUACAGGUGUUGGGUGUGAGUGGCAAUAACAUAGGGGACUCAGGGAUUGUCUCACUGGUGCAAACACUCUGCCAGCCCAGCAGUUUGGACAUGGAACAAAACCCACCUGGUGACAAGAGUCUGACCACAGCCCCUCACUAUAACACCACACAGCCGGGCACACUACAGGAGCUGAGCAUUGGGAGGAAUAGGAGAGUAACAGGAGCCGGACUGGGGAGGGUCGCACAGCUCAUCAGCGCACUGCCGGCACUGACCAGGCUGGACAUGUCUGGUUACAGGGAGCACACACCUGCACACCUGUCUGACACCGCUGCCAUGGCUCUGGCCGAGGCUCUACCCAGACUCCCUGCCCUGGAGGAGCUGAAGCUGUUUGUCAUCUCCAUGGAGCCUGCAGGGUUCCAGGCUGUGGUGCAGGCUGCUGAGGAACACCCAACACUGGAGAGGCUGAUUUACACUAAGCGUCUAGUUCCUGAGGGAGCGGACACCACAGCCAGCUGCCUGAGGCUGCGCUGAGUCCCCAACAUGCUGACCUGUUCUGUACAUUGUCCCACUCAGGUGUGGCUGUCCUGAAUGGUUGAAAGCCCGGUCAUCACUCAAAAUCAAUCAACCAAACAUCUACUUGGAGACCAUAUCCAAAUCCCCAUGACAACUCAACUAUUCAACUGCUUAUUUGCUGAACAUCUGGACUCCAGACCACAAAUGAUAUAACAAGGACAUACAGUCUAUCCUGAUGAAGGGACAGUUAUGGCAGCUAUUAAGGAAAUAAACAAGGCUAAUGGUAUGUGACAGCUAGAAAAGUUAGAAAUUAACAUCAUUCCUAACACAGCAUUCUCUAUUAAAUGCUGAGUAGUUAAAAGUCAGCCAAUGCCCAAACAUCAUUCUACUUUCAGCAGACCACUUCGAUGAUUAAUCAUAAACUGGAGUUCUUGAUAAUUUUAUUGCAUGCCUGCACUGUUUUUUAUUUAAUGUCUAUAUUUUAUACUUUACAGUAAGACCUUGUGUGUCUACAGGUGUGGCAGUUCCAACAGGUUUAAAUCAAUCACUGAAAAACAUCAAGAUCUUUAAUUUUAGCAUCUGCUUGGAGAAGUAUGAAUGAACUCCUUAGUAUUUGUACAAAAUUAUGUGAAUUUUGGCUUUUUACUAAUCAUUGCCACCCGACAUGCAUGCUACUGGAAAGGGUUACAGUAUCUUAGGACAUGGCGUUAAGCUGUGGUCCACUGUACGUUGUGCUUGUGUAAAAGAGCUAGGGGAAAUCCCCAGGUAGAAUGAACCUGUAAAUACUGUACAUAGCGUCUGUCCUUUCUGUCACGACUAGUGAAAUAUUAGCUCCUCAGUGCGCUAAGCUGGUUCGAAAUCACUAUCACACCAUAUGAAAGUCACCAUAUGAAGUGCUUUUUGUAUCAAUAAAGUUUUUACUCCAUGUUCA